AUGGACCCAGAUAAACAAGAUGCUCUUAAUAGUAUCGAGAAUUCCAUUUACAGAACAGCCUUCAAAUUAUAAUCAGUACAAACUCUAUGCCAAUUAGACUUGAUUGACAGCUCCCUGAUUCAGCACGUCCUACUAUAUCAACAUUUCUGGGAAGCUAGAGAGAGCACCCUUUCUGUGCAGCAGCUUUUUCAGGCACUCCAAGAGCUGUUUCAGAAAAGGGCAGAAAAACCAGGACAGGUGCAUCCCAAAGCUUCGGAGCUCACUCUGAGCCUUCUCACAAUGAUGUAUGACAGCACAGGAGUGGGUUUUCUCAAGCUUGCACCUGCUGCUGCUGCCCUAGUUUCCCUCUCAGGGGACAGCCCUCUUACAAAAUACAGAACUCUUUUUCAGCUCUAUGCAGAAAAUAACAGAAGAGAUUAUGACUCUGGAGCAUGCAUGACUCAAAAGGUUUUGAACCUACUAACAGAUCUACAGCAGAUCCCAAUCAUUGUGAGGGAGAGUGGUGGUUUGUGCUCUGUGGAAAGUGCUACACGUAGCUGUUUCCAAGGGGUGUUGAGCCCAGCAAUCAAAGAAGAGAAAUUUCCAUCUUGGGUGCAGUCCGAGCCUCCCAUCCUCCUGUGGCUCCAAACCUGCUACCGAUUAUCAGCUCACCUUGUUCGGUGUGGUGUCUGCAGGACCUUCCCAAUUACUGGACUGAGAUACCGCUGUCUGAAGUGUCUCAACUUUGACAUCUGCCAGGUGUGUUUCUUAUCUGGUCUUCACAGCAAGUCCCAGCAGAAGUCUCAUCCUGUAAUUGAGCACUGCAUUCAGAUGUCCCCAAAGGAGAAUACAAAACUCCUCCUCAGGACCCUCAGAAACAACCUGCUCCAAGGGCGCUGUAGGAGGUAAGAGGCUAUGAGAAGGCAGUGGCUGCUGGACCAGAUGAAUCCAAAGGGCAUGGCUAACCAUGCAACGGCCAGGGUCUUUAAAAAAUAGUUAAAUGGAUACAAAGACAAGUUGCAAGCCAUCUAUACCUCCCAGGAAGAAAAAAAUCACAGAUUUGAAACAAAGAUUCAAGAACUCACAACCAACCAGGAUAGUCUAUGGACCAAGCUACAGCAGAUGCGACAGGACCUACAGGCAAUGUUGCAGACACUCCAUCCUUCAUCUUCCUCCUGUCAAAAUAUGGCAAUCAAGGUUGACCAUUCUUCAGCUGAAAGGUUUUGGAAAGGAGGAGAUGCUUCCCAGAUCAAGAAUGCCACUGAGGAUGGGAACCACUUCCUAACCCUGCCAUGGUUGACAGAAGUCACCAAAGUCAAAACACAUCCAGAGCGUGCUCUUCCAAAAUCAGAAUCACCAGAGACCAUUUUGCAUAGCACCAGGACACAAAGCCAAGCACAAAAGAUGCUGAAGGAAAUCCUUAGAUCCUUAACUCAGGAUGGACUGCUGCAGGACACCUUCCAAAUUACUCCUGCUGAAAAGAAGAGUCCUGCUCUGGAACCUGUGGAAAGGAAAGAGACAGCUAACAUCAAGGAGAGAAAGGAUGAGCUGGAGGAAGAGGAACUGCAAGAACUAUUGUCAAAACUGAUUGAUGCCUUCAGUCUAGAAAUGACAUCAGGUCGACAGUCUUCGGUACCCAUGGACCUGUAUGGUGGAGCUGAGCAGGUGUGCAGGGCCUUCUCUACCCUUAUUGAUCAAAUUGCUUGCCCAAUUUGA